CGCAGCAGCCGCACCCGGGGCCCGGCCCGGCCGCCGACGGCCCCGCGCAGCCGCCCCGCGCCGCGGACAGAGGAGCCGGCGACGCGCGCCGACGCCGGGGCCGGGGGAGAUGGCGGGGCCCGAGCUGCUGCUCGACUCCAACAUCCGCCUCUGGGUGGUCCUGCCCAUCGUCAUCAUCACCUUCUUCGUGGGCAUGAUCCGCCACUACGUGUCCAUCCUGCUGCAGAGCGACAAGAAGCUCACCCAGGAGCAGGUCUCGGACAGUCAAGUCCUCAUCCGAAGCAGAGUCCUCAGGGAAAACGGGAAAUACAUCCCCAAACAGUCUUUCUUGACCAGAAAAUACUACUUCAACAACCCAGAGGAUGGAUUUUUCAAAAAAACCAAAAGGAAGGUGGUCCCUCCUUCUCCGAUGACUGACCCCACCAUGCUCACAGACAUGAUGAAGGGCAACGUGACGAACGUCCUCCCUAUGAUCCUCAUAGGCGGCUGGAUCAACAUGACCUUCUCAGGCUUCGUCACAACCAAGGUCCCAUUCCCGCUGACGCUCCGUUUUAAGCCUAUGCUACAGCAAGGGAUCGAGUUACUCACCUUGGAUGCAUCCUGGGUGAGCUCUGCCUCCUGGUACUUCCUCAAUGUCUUCGGGCUUCGGAGCAUUUACUCCCUGAUUCUCGGCCAGGAUAACGCCGCUGACCAGUCCCGCAUGAUGCAGGAGCAGAUGACGGGGGCCGCCAUGGCCAUGCCCGCGGACACCAACAAAGCAUUCAAGACAGAAUGGGAAGCCUUGGAGCUGACUGACCACCAGUGGGCGCUCGAUGACGUCGAAGAGGAGCUCAUGGCCAGAGACCUGCACUUCGAGGGCAUGUUCCGGAAGGAGCUCCCAACCUCCAUCUUCUAAAGCCGAGCAGGCCUCGCCGCGGGAACCCGAGUAGCGCUCCCUUAACCUCGUACCUUUUUUGAGCCGGAGCCCCCAAGAACAGAGCAAGGGGAGUGAGCAGACGGUUCCCCGCAGGGUGGGACCUUGAGGCAGCGGGUAGACGCACUGGGGACAGCUGCCUCUUCAGUGUUUCUGGUUCCCUUAAGGUCCGAGGACGGGGGAGCUACCUGGCGAUUAACAUGAGACUUAGCGAAAAUUCUGUUUUGGGAAAAAGCAGCCUCACCACGGCUGCCUGUCCCUGCGGCAACUCCUCUGCCCCUGGGGCCACCCCUGUCUCUCACCCGUAAUGUUUUCAGUUGACAGUUUUAUAACUUUCCUGACCAGAUACUGCACUUUCCUUCUGAAAAUGCAGGAGCGUCUGGAGGGGCGAAGUGACUCCCGUGGGUCUUUUUGGGUUUACAGAGUGACGAAAGAAUCAGCGUGUCCCAGGCCCCUGCAGAUGAGCGCCCUCCCGAGCAGGGCAGCCCCUCUGUCCCCCGGAACCGUGCGGUGACAGCAGGCCCCGAGACACUGCCCGCUUCCCAAGUGCCUUUGGGACCACCCAGGCUGGGCCAGCCGGUUCACUGAUCUCCGAGGCAGGCAGAGAGGCGGCUGCUGGGACAGGGAACAUCACGCAGGGGUCACUCUGGAAGUGCUGUGGUGGGGAGGGGGCAGGGGGCCGUUUCGGCACCAAGAGUGAAUGUCAUUGCAUGUGGAGCACUGUAAUCAGGGCCAUGGACGGCGC